UGUUACAACCUUGGUCUGACCGACAGGGAUCCGGUGUGUAUAUUUCUGGGAUUGGAGACUGUUUGCUAGAGGGGAGACUCCAGCUCCUCCGGCAGCCAGUUCGGGAGCGGCAAAGUAAAAUGGACAGCGACAGACAGACGUUCCAGCCACCACUCCGCCGCCCGGAGAUCCUGGAGCUGGUUUCAGGCCAACUCCAGUUUCCCAGCUGGAGCCUCUGAACGCGCUGGACUGCGCGAGCCCGGGGAGCGCCUGAAAGCUGCUCCUCGGAGAUACCUUCGCCGAAGCAGUAAGAACUUCCUGCUUGGGUGCCUGCAUUCCCUUCCUCCGAAACUUCCCAGGAGAAGCGGGGGGAAGACCCCAGGGGAAGGGGCGAGGCGGAUCUUCGCGCUGCUCUUUCUUCCUUCACGGUUCCCGCGCCGGGCGCGCAGGCAUGGAUGUGCUCAGCCCUGGUCAGGGCAACGACACCACAUCACCACCGGGUCCCUUUGAGACCGGCGGCAACACUACUGGUAUCUCCGACGUGACCUUCAGCUACCAAGUGAUCACCUCUCUGCUGCUGGGCACGCUCAUCUUCUGCGCGGUACUGGGCAAUGCGUGCGUGGUGGCUGCCAUCGCCUUAGAGCGCUCCCUGCAGAACGUGGCCAAUUAUCUUAUUGGCUCUUUGGCGGUCACCGACCUCAUGGUGUCGGUGUUAGUGCUGCCCAUGGCCGCACUCUAUCAGGUGCUCAACAAGUGGACACUGGGUCAGGUCACCUGCGACCUGUUCAUCGCCCUCGACGUGCUGUGCUGCACCUCAUCCAUCCUGCACCUGUGCGCCAUCGCGCUGGACAGGUACUGGGCCAUCACGGACCCCAUCGACUACGUGAACAAGAGGACGCCCCGGCGCGCCGCUGCGCUCAUCUCGCUCACUUGGCUUAUUGGCUUCCUCAUUUCUAUCCCGCCCAUGCUGGGCUGGCGCACCCCGGAAGACCGCUCGGACCCCGACGCAUGCACCAUUAGCAAGGACCACGGCUACACUAUUUACUCCACUUUCGGAGCUUUCUACAUCCCGCUGCUGCUCAUGCUGGUUCUCUAUGGGCGCAUAUUCCGAGCUGCGCGCUUCCGCAUCCGCAAGACUGUCAAAAAGGUGGAGAAGACUGGAGCCGACACCCGUCAUGCAGCAUCUCCCGCCCCGCAGUCCAAGAAGAGCGUGAAUGGAGAGUCGGGGGGCAGGAACUGGAGGCUGGGCGUGGAGAGGAAGGCAGGGGGUGCUCUGUGCGCCAAUGGCGCGGUGAGGCAAGGCGACGAUGGCGCCGCCCUGGAGGUGAUCGAGGUGCACCGAGUGGGCAACUCCAAAGAGCACUUGCCUCUGCCCAGCGAGGCUGGUUCUACCCCUUGUGCCUCCGCCUCUUUCGAGAGGAAAAAUGAGCGCAACGCCGAUGCGAAGCGCAAGAUGGCCCUGGCCCGAGAGAGGAAGACAGUGAAGACGCUGGGCAUCAUCAUGGGCACCUUCAUCCUCUGCUGGCUGCCCUUCUUCAUCGUGGCUCUUGUUCUGCCCUUCUGCGAGAGCAGCUGCCACAUGCCAACGCUGUUGGGCGCCAUAAUCAAUUGGCUGGGUUACUCCAACUCUUUGCUUAAUCCGGUCAUUUACGCGUACUUCAACAAGGACUUUCAAAACGCAUUUAAGAAGAUCAUUAAGUGUAAGUUCUGCCGCCAGUGAUGACGGAGGAGUAGCCGGCCAGUCGGGGCUACAGGAUCUGCCCCAUACACUAUGCUUCCCCCAACCCUAGGGAAUCAACAUUUAAGAUAAUUUGCCACUUCUCCUCUGUCUCUCUGCUCCGCCCCUGGCUUACAGACCUGGUCCCCUCCCCACUUCCCGCUCCAGCGCAGGGCGCUUUGUGCAAAGGAGACUCAGCGGCGGGGCGUGAGAGCCCAGAAAAUUCAGAGUUUGUGAGAAGCGACAUUGGCUCAGACUUUGCCUUUAGCAUCAGUUUUGAUCCCAGCAAUUGCCUCUUCUCUCUUCUAUCCCCUAAAUCUUUGCGGUAGAUGUUUAAUCCUUAGUUGUUCAAGGCAGAAAAUCCAAAAAUAAAAAAAAAAUAAAUAAACUAUACACACAGCUGCCGCGCC